CCUUGCAUACAUUUGAGGACUCCUCCAUCGCCAUGCAUGAUCCAUCGUCGAAGCGCCUGAGUUGCUGCUGCGUGGAGUGCGGCACUGUUGUGAGCAGUACUUACCGCGACUACGGCAAAGGGAACAUUCGCCUCAAGAUCUGCCGCAACUGCAAUCUCACGGUGGACAAGUACGUCGAGUUCGAAGCGAUUUUGAUCAUGAUCGACCUCAUGCUCGGCAAGCAACAAGCGUACCGGCAUCUGCUGCACAACCGUCGACCCCUUCUUCUCACCCAACAAGUGCUGAAGAUGUUUGCUGUCAUGGUCAUGCUGGACUGGAACACCAAGGCCUACUUGGCUGAGCGCGACGUCGGCGUGUACUUCCGCACCAACUCGAUCUACAAGACUACGUCCACGUACUCCAUCUUCCAGAUCAGUCAGCUGGGACUGCAUUACUUUGUGUUGGCCGUGGUGGAGAACUUCAUCUACAUGCUCACGCUGUGGCUCUGCGUGCGGCUCCAUCCUCGGUGGCGCAAGGCCACGACCGCCAAGGACGUCCAGUUCAUCGGCGCGCUGUGCCUUUCCAGCUUCGGGAAGCUCUUUGCAUGGCUCACGGUCAUUUGGGAGUAUAACUGGACCGUCGUGCAUGUCAUUGGCGGAAUCGUCGUGUGUUCGAACUACUUGGUGCUCAAAAUCUAUGUCAACGACGACACGUUCGACGUGUUUAUGGCCGUCGCCGUCGCCGUGGGUAUCCGCGCCCUCACGCAACUGUUCCUCUUUGCCUUGGGCAACCCCAUGAUCUUCUUCACGUUCAUUUAACUUGGUGAAAUGUCAACUUCUCUUCCGGAUAAAAAACAAAUACGGAUAACGUUCGAG